AUGACCGACGUACACUACAACGAACAGUCGCUGCUGGGGCAACUCAUGGUGUGCACGGAAUACGUGGAUAAAGCGGAGCGAUACGAACUCUUGGGGCCGCUGUACCGCCUGAUCAUACCGAUUUACGAGAGGCGAAAGGACUACCAGGCGCUGCUCACCUGCUACCAGCACCUGACGAAGGCCUACGCCAAGGUGAUCGAGGUGACGAACUCGGGCAAGCGGCUGCUCGGCAGGUUCUACCGCGUCGCGUUCUUCGGCAAGGCGCAUUUCGGCGAGGACGAGGAGGGAGUCGAGUUCGUCUACAAGGAGCCGAAGCUGACGUCACUGAGCGAGAUCUCCGAGAAGCUGCACGCGUACUACGAGCAGAAGUUCGGCGCUGGCUCGGUGAAGAUGAUCAUGGACUCGGCGCCGGUGAACCGGGACGAGCUCGACGGCAAGUUGGCGCACGUGCAGGUGACGUGGGUGCGCGCCGCCCCCGAGGGCAUGGCGAACGCAAGCUCCAGCGGCGAGGGCUCCUUCGAGCGCGCGCACAACGUGCGCCGCUUCGUGUUCGAGACGCCGUUCACGCGGGACGGGGCGCCGCGCGGGCCCGUGCAUCACCAGCGGCUGCGGCUCACCCACCUCACCGCCGAAAACUGGUUCCCGUACGUGAAGCGUCGCAUCCGCGUCAUCGACACCCAAGUUGAGGAGAAGAGCCCGAUAGAGGUCGCUGUCGCCGAAAUGGAGUCCCAGGUCACCGAGCUGACGGAGAUCGUAAACGCGAAGUCGCCCGAUUUGAAAAAGCUGCAGCUGAGACUGCAAGGCAGCGUAUGCGUACAAGUGAACGCCGGUCCAUUGGCUUACGCGAACGCCUUUUUGGAUCCAACAUUGGCGCCAAUGUAUCCGGACGAAUUGGUCGAUAAGCUCAAAACCACUUUCAAGGAGUUUCUGACCGUGUGCCACUCGGCCCUUCAACUGAACGCAAAACUCAUCAGCUCCGAUCAAGUCUCCUACCAUGAAGCUUUGGAGACAAACUACUACAAGCUCAGCGACUCACUUUCCGGAAUAUUGGGACAACCAUUACAAGACAUACUUGUCAAUGGUAACCUUAGUACCACUGUGACUGGUGUUGAACUUGAAUCCAGUAAUGCC